AUGUCGGGAUAUAGAUAUAACCAAUCUGCAAAUCCAUUUGAAGAGGACGACGUAGAUGAUGAAACGUUUUUAAAAAAUUCUAGACGAACUCCGACAUACAAUAAUGCACCACCCACUUUCGAGGACCAAAUGCAGUCCUUUGCCGAGAAGAAAAGGAUAAUAGAAGAACGUACAAUUAACAGCACUGAAAAAAGCAUAAGUAUUUUAAAAGACUCUGAGCAAAUUGGCAUAGCAACUGCUGAAGAACUCAUGAGACAAAGAGAGAAAUUGGAGAAAACUGAUAAGCAAUUAGAUGAAAUCAACUCUACUCUUAGGUUUUCUCAGAAACACAUUAACGGUAUUAAAUCCGUUUUUAGCAGUCUCAAAAAUUACAUGGCUGGUAGAAGUGAUUCACCUAAUUCUACAACUUCCAGUUCCACUCCUAGCACUGUUAAACAAUCUACAUCUAACCAAAAUUUGGAAGAAAAACUGUCUACCUACAACAGAUAUGAAAACCACCCAGCAACUAGACUUCGUGGCAAUGAUUAUGAUAGUUAUGAUCAAGUUUCUUCAGGAAGUAAAGAUUUUAGUGCCAAAUUAGAUGCAAAUUUGCAAGAAAUGUGUUCUAAUAUAACUCUCCUUAAAGAACUUGCAUCUGAAUUAGGAACAGAAAUUGAUACUCAAAAUGAUCUAAUAGGUAACAUCACAGAUAAAGCUGAACUAGCUGAUAUUACAAUUACCAAACAAAACAAAGACAUGGCACGAAUUUUGAAAAAGUAA